CAAAGGCUUGUAUACAAUAUAUAUCUAUUUUUCUCAUUUGACCUUGGUUUCAAAUAUGUAUUCAUUUAAUAUUCCCGCCACUAGCAUAUUAUCUCCUAUCUUCCCAACGGCUUAAACGCGUCCAAUUUAACCCCAUGCACACAGUUCAUGCAUUUAUUACGUACCCCCCGGAAAACCUAGUGUUUAACUAACCAGUUUCGUUCCUCCAAGUCGAGCCCUAUAUAAUGCCGUUUCAAUGCUGUGCUUGGAAGCAUAGUAAGUGAAGUAAGAAUUAAUCUUAGAAGCUUACUAAAGAAAUGGGUUCUUCUCAAAAAUGGUUUUGCGUUACACUUCUUUUGCUGAGUGUGGCGAGUGUUGCUUUUGCAAAGAUUGAGACUGAAAGAUGGGGAAAUGAUGAUUGUCGGUUCGGUCGGAGAGGUUGUGGGUUCAGAGGAAGAGGAAUUGGGGGAGGUUUCGGCGGAGGACACGGUGGUGGUGGAGGUUUUGGAGGUGGAGCUGGGGGUGGUCUUGGCGGGGGAGGUGGAGUUGGUGGCGGAGGAGGUUUUGGUGGCGGUGGAGGUGGUGGUGUAGGAGGUGGUUCAGGUCAUGGUGGUGGUUUCGGAGCUGGUGUCGGUGGAGGAAGUGGUGGUGGACUUGGUGGAGGUGCUGGUGGCGGUGGCGGAGGCGGAGGAGGCGGUGGAGGUGGUGGUGGACUUGGAGGUGGAUCAGGUCAUGGUGGUGGAUUUGGCGGUGGUGUAGGCGGCGGUGCAGGAGGAAUAGGUGCUGGUGGAGGAGGAGGAAGUGGAGGUGGAGGCGGAGUUGGUGGUGGUUCAGGACACGGAGGAGGAUUCGGAGGAGGUGUCGGCGUUGGUGGAGGUGGAGUAGGUGGAGGUGCUGGUGGAGGAGGUGGAGGUGGUGGCGGAGGAGGUGGACUUGGUGGUGGAUCAGGGAGUGGAGGAGGAUUUGGUGGUGGCGUAGGAGGUGGAGCAGGAGGCAUUGGUGGAGGAGCUGGUGGAGGCGGUGGCGGAGGAGGAGGUGGCGGCGUUGGUGGAGGAUCAGGUCAUGGAGGUGGAUUUGGAGGUGGUGUAGGUGGUGGAGUCGGAGGAGGUGCUGCCGGCGGUGGAGGCGGAGGAGGUGGUGGUGGAGGCGGCGGGGGAGGCGGCCUCGGUGGAGGUUCUGGACAUGGAGGUGGAUUCGGCGGUGGAGUAGGUGGAGGAGCCGGUGGAGGUGUUGGAGGUGGUGGUGGAUUUGGAGGAGGCGGUGGUGGUGGAGUCGGAGGAGGAUCCGGUCACGGAGGUGGUUUUGGAGGAGGUGUAGGAGGUGGUGGCGGCCUUGGUGGUGGAGCAGGAGGAGGCGGUGGUGCAGGUGGAGGUGGAGGAUUCGGAGUAGGCGUCGGUGUCGGCGUUGGGGUUGGGAUUGGUGCUGGUGCCGGCAAAGGUGUCGGUGUUGGAAGUGGUUCCGGCGGUGGAGCAGGAGGUGGACGCUAAGAAACAUCAAGUCGCCGUCCGCUUUUCCUACUGGAUUUGAGUCUCUCUUUUUUUUGUUAUUUGCGUCAUUGAAUUCAAUCUGCAAAACCCAAAAUUUGUUUAUCGGAUUUGAUGUCUAAUUAAGAAGUGUCAAUAUACUAUGUACGAGUAUCGUAUAGUCUGAUGAUACCUUUGUCAUUGAUGAAAAUAUAUGUAUUAUUCCUUCCGGUUCAAAAUAUAAUUCAUUUUAGGACGUGCACAAAAACUAAGAAAACAAUUGUUUACCAAUUAAUUUGUGUGUCAAAUAUCUAAGGUGGAGUUGUGAGUUGUUUCAAGUAUUUCAUUUAGCUCGGGAGCUUAUAUAGUAUAUCUAAAAUAGAUAGUCAAUGUGCAUUGUAGAUGGUGAUGAAUAAUAAGGAGAUUCUGAAAAUUCAUGAUAAUUAAGUCUGCGUGAUUAAAGAUUUAUUGAGUCGUACGACCAUAAGAAGUGGCAUUGACUCAUCUAUGAUGAGAAAUAAACUUUGUAGUAGACUACUCAAUUUCUCUAGCAACUUAGCGAUCUUAGAUAAUUACUUCUUUUAAAAAUUUUUAUCGGACGUUCUUCGGAAGUGUGUAUAUUCGGUAUAAGUAAUAUUCACAAUGUUCAGUCACUUUAAUUAUGAGAAUCGUGUUUCUUCUCG